UCACAACAUACACAUUGUAGCAAAUGGCAAAAUCUCAAAUUUCCGAAGUCAUUUUCUCCGCCCUUCUCAUCUGCUUCCUCCUUAUAGCAUCCAACGAGGUACAGAUUGUGGAAGCUAAAGUCUGUUCGAGGAUGAGCAGGACGUGGUCGGGGAUGUGCCUAAAUACUGGCAACUGUGAUCGACAAUGCAGGAACUGGGAGAGGGCUCAAAAUGGAGCUUGCCAUCGGAGGGGCUGGGGAUUUGCUUGCUUUUGCUACCAUAAAUGCUGAGAUUAAUCUCAUGCAUACUUUCUGUCUACUUUUAAGUAAAAUGAAUAAUAAGUUGCUAGUAGUUUAGCAUCUAUUUAUGUAUUGAGAUCUCUUCCGCCAAUGUGUUUGAACUUGUUACUGCUUCAGCUUUUGUAUUGCUUCAAAAUAAACUUAACGUUUGUUUCAAAUUAUUAAUGUGUGAAGGAAUCCUUUAAAGUUGUCAAUAAUUUGUUUG